AUGAAACUGAGAGUUCAAGCUCAGCUCCGAGCUCGAGCUGCUGCCAAGAAAGAAGAUAAGAAGACUGAAGAAGCUUCUCAAGGACAGGGAGGCAAAGAGACUGAGACUGUGGACUCUCUUCUUAAGUUACUGAGGAAGCACUUAGGAGAACAGAGCAAGAAGAACGUUAGCAACUUUGAUUCUGAAAAGCAGCUACAAGGAGAUGAUGAUGAUGAUGCUGAAAGACAGGUUCACAGUUCCAAUCAUUUUGAUUCGCGAAACAGGGAUCAUAAUGCAACACGUUUUACAAGGCCAGCCUCAAGCUUCAGGCGCAAUUCACCUGUACCGAGACAUAAACCUCAGUCCAGUUACUCUAGUGAGGCCAUUUUCGAUGAGGCGUCAAGUUACAGUGUGACUUGGACUCAGAAAAAGGAUCAAGUAGAUUCACGUGAUGAACCUGAAUACGAGCCCGAGCCUGUUUAUGAACCUGAAUCUGAACCAGGACUUGCCCUUCUGGAAUCAGAGCCAAAGCUGAAACCAGAGUCAUUUUACCAUGAGGAGGAUGAGGAUCAUGAUGUCAUUGUAGAUGAAUUAGCAGGUGAUGAUGAGUCUAUCAAUGCUGAGGAAGAAACUGAGAAAGAUGAAGACUUGAGUGCACUGAAGUUGAUAGAACUUAGAGCCAUAGCAAAAUCAAGGGGUCUUAAAGGGAUUUCAAAGAUGAAGAAAGCAGAGCUGUUGAAUUUGCUGUGUAGUAAUAAAGCAUAGGAAUGAACAAGAACACUGUUUUAGUUUUUCUGAUACAGCCAAUGAAUCUCCAAAUAUCCAUUCAUAAUUUUAGUGCAUUCUGAUUAAAAUUAGUUUUUUCUCCAUUAGUUAGAGUUUUCCCUUUUGCUUCCAACAGCAAAGUUGUACUGUUCUUUGUGAGUUAUGAAAUUGAAGUCACUUUCUUCAUUCGGUUAACAUUGUUGCAUGUAUAUAUUACAACA